GUAACGAUUGUUUUCCUCUCUUUUGUUGCAGUGUCGUGCUUCCUUAUCACAGCGGGUAGCUUUUGCCUACUAUUUGGGGUCCUGACCUCUAUCUGCACACCGUACGACGUUCUCAUGCGAGAGCGCCUCAAGAUGGUCCCCGGGCUGCCCGCGUACGAGUGGUGGGCGACGCCCCCCGACGAAGUGCUGCUGCGCGUCUACGUCUUCAACGUCACCAACCAGCAAGACUUCGAGAGCGGGCGCACGAACAAGCUGCACAUGCAGGAAGUGGGGCCCUUCAUCUUCAGGUGAACCAUGGUCCCGUCAAGAUCCACAAGACAUUUGUCACCCAUCGGGUCUUUGAGAUUUUGAGCAGUGAAUCGUAGCUAACCUAUAAGACACUGUUCAACAUAAAACUGGAAUAGCCUUUUGUUUAAAGGACACUCAAUAUUCAACAUUUUUAACUUGUAUUUUAAUCACUACUAAACUUGUAAUCUUUGGUGUCGGACAGAAAGGUGAUUUAGUGCCUUGUGAAGGCGUAAUACACUCAAAGAAUCGUACUCUUCAAAUACGUGGAUUCAUCUAUAUUUUAGAGGAAAUGCGUCUUAAAUACACGAACCUGGUAGAUUCUUUUGAAAAAUGGUUGAAAAUAUUCUUAGAGGAUUCCUCUUAACACUCUCUCUAACGUAAAGUAUAUAUUAACCGUACAGUUUUGUGAUCCAUUUUUGUUCCUCUUUCAGAAACUUAUACAGAAACAUACACUUUUAUAAUAGUUUAAAAGAGU